GAGACUAUAAUUAACGAUCACAUAAGUUUUACCGACAAUGGUGAACGUAUGAAAUAUGCUCAAGCCUAUCGGUACAAUUUCAAUCCGGCCAAGUCAUGCCCUACCUGCGAUCCGAAAAAGGAUACUGUAACCAUUCCUGAUAUCAGCUUCUUUGUUGGUAUGGAACAAAUCAACGAUUUUGUAGAGAAAAUGUUAGGUAACGAAGAGCUUGUUGGAUUCUGUCAGAUGGUCAUGGAAGAAGAGAAAUGUGCCGAGUUGGCGAAAUUGAUAGAAAGAGAGCUGGGAGUUUUUCUGUCACUUUUCAAGACGGGACCAUUCGUUACGGUGACAGUGGACGAGUUACUCUUCUCCGGUUAUGUUUCCCCUAUCGUUACCAGAUUAUUUGAUCGGGUCAUAGACAUCACUAACAAACUCAUUGGUACGGAAUUCAACCAUAUAGAUCCAGAAAACUUCACAGUCGCACUGAACACAGAAAAUGGGACCACUGACACAAUCUAUACCGUAGACACAGGAAAAGUUGAUUCAUCUCGUUCUGGCUAUAUACUCUCCUUUGCAAACAUGACCAAUGCUUCUUUACCGAGCCAAGGAAACAAACUUCCGUCUGAAUGGUGGGAAAUUUUUUACAGAAUCGAUCAAUAG